AUGAAGCUCGCUGGUGCUCUCAUGUUGCUUGGGGCUGCCCUGCUCCUGAACUCAGGAGGAGACUGUGGCAUUUGUCCGGCUAUAAAAGUGGAUCUUGAGCUUUUUCUUGGCCCAUCUGUGGAUGCCUAUGUCAACUUUGUGAAGAAAUACAAGGAUGACAACGACACGCUGGAAAAUACUGAAAGUAUGAAGAAAUGUACUGAUAACAAGUUGACAAAGGAAGACAAGGAGAGUGUACGCAGUUUGCUGGAUUUCCAAGGCCACUAUGGAGGUUCCAGGGUGGAGCAUGUAAUUGAAUCCCCUCUUUUCACUAGAAGUAGUAGCAUCAAUCACCAGGUUAGCAUCAUGUAUCUGAGGGUCUUCAUGUGA